AUGGACCACGAGCCCAAGAAUCGCCGACAUGAAGAUAUCGGAGGCGGAAAGCGUGACCAGUGUUGCAUACGUGCUCAGCUGCGGAUCUCUGCGCAAUAUGGGAAGACGAUUCUUAAGAACGGAGGGCAUCGGAGCAUAACGACGUGGCAGUUAGCGUUCGGCGUCACACGCAACGCUGGGCGAACACACGACUCACAAACACCUCGCCACGACAACUUCAGGCGCCUCCUGCGCUGCCAGCAACCCCACGUCCAGCCCUUCGGCCUGUGGAAGCGCCACGCCCGCUACCACGCUCAGCUCAGCGCACUUUGGUACAGCACGGACGAGGAUGCCGCCCUCCCUCGCGCCCGCGAGGGACAGGAGAUCCUCCGGAAUACCUUCAGGGCGAUUUGGCGCCACGGAAACCUGUCGCAGCCAACCAUGCGCGUACUACUUUACAUCCACGCCCUCGACUCAGCAGACACGACCGCCCGAUUACGCGACACGCUCGCCGGGCGUACAGCGCAGGUGUUGGAGGAGACUAUCGGGCGCAGCGCGGAGAUGUCGCAGGCGAGCGUCCUCGCGUCCUCGCGCGACGCGGCGGUCUGCUCGCUCGUGACCGUACACGUGAAUUUAGCAUCCGCGAAGCGCCAAAGAUCACAUCUUUACCGGUCGUCCGCGGUUGGUCCGCAGCCUCAGGCAGUCUCUUCGCUCCUCUCAGUGCGCGACUACGCGUCUGUUGUGCUCAUUGCUCCUCCACCGAACAACGGCGUCGCGCAUCGGCAGUGCUGGGAUCGUCACGCGCCGUGCAUCAUGGACAUGCGGGCGUGA